AUGUUGGAUUCGCUGGCUGAGUGUGUGCGGCUAGAGCAAGUUGCGGAAGAAGAGGAGCACGCAAAGUGGCUGAGUGGUGUAACUGUGCAGGAGGCAGAGAAACGAAACUACGGAAUGAGUGGAAUGGUCGUAACUGAUAUGACCACUGGGUGGUUCGGUCGAAUCCGUUUAAAGUUGGAGAAACUAAUUCGUAAUGAUACCAUCACCACCUCGCAUAAGAACGGAGAAGUGUUUGCUUUUAAGCCCAGUUGUGGCUCUCAGUACAAGUUCAAAACCUUCGCCGACUUACCUACAAUCAGUUCCGGUGUAGUAGUUCGGUGUGACUAUACUGGAAAAAUUGACAUUGCUCUGGAGAUGGCGGAGUUUGACAAACUGAUAGACUACGUAGAGACGACUGGCUCUUCCAGCUGUGUUGGAAGUCGCUGGGAACUUGCCUUAGUAGGCAGCCAGGUUACGCACAAACUUAGGAACCAAGUAAUACACGACCUCCAACACAGGCAAAGAGAUCGUCUCCAGCUACCCCUAUUUGACCAGCUGCUGCAAGACCAUGCUGACAUUAUUGAACAAGCUCUACAAGCAAAGCACGACAUGUCAGUGAAUCUCGAGAAGAGCGACAAAGAGGACGGCGACAAAGAGGACGGCGACAAAGAGGACGGCGACAAGGAAGGGAAGCGUAAAGGGAAGCGGGAAGCUUAUGAGAUGGAAGAUAAAGGGGAAAGCUAUGAGGAUACGAAUGGGGAGAAUGAGGAUACGAAUGAGGAGCAGCAAACAAAAGAGGAGUCACAGACCGAAAUGUUCGAGACAUUGGAUCCGGAAUUCGUCGCCAGAAUUAAACCUUUGAUGCGGCAUCUUAAUCCCAGCCAGCAAAAUGCUAUUUAUAAUGCAUUAAAAUGUUAUCCUAUUUCUGUUAUUCAUGGACCACCAGGAACCGGCAAGACAACGACGAUAGCGGCAUUGAUCCACAUAUUAGCUAGCCAAGGGAACCGUGUUUUGGUGACAGGCCCGUCGAAUAUUUCUGUGGAUAACGUCCUUGGUCUUUGUCAGGAUCUUCCAUGCAUUCGUCUGGGUCAUCCAGCCCGUCAGAACCCACUUCUUUCAAAAUUUAUAUUUAGCGAACGCGCGCGAACGAACGAUUUUAGCACAUCAUGUCAGGAAAUAAGACGCGAAUUGAGUCAGGUAAUGAACGUUAGGGCUUCUGGGGAGUUGCGGACGUGUAACGAUCCUCAAGUGUUGAAAACAUUGAAGGCAUUGGUCGGAAAGGACGAGCCAACCCGGAAAAAUGUUCGAUGCGCUGCAAGAAAGGAGAUUGAAUCAUUAAGGAAGGAAUUACAUACUCGAGAAAAGCGAAUUACAAAAGACGUUUUGGCUACUUAUUCACCAGUAUUUUGUACCUGCACCGGAUCAAUGAGUUCCGAAUUGAGAUCAUAUGUUUGGAGUUCGGGUAAUGAACCUCGCUUGUUUGAUUAUGUUAUCGUGGAUGAAGCAGGGAAAGCUAAUGCUAUCGAGACGAUAAUGCCCUGCCUGGUGGGUAAGCGGUUGAUAUUAGCCGGCGACCAUAAACAAUUGAGAGCUACGUUAAAGAGCAGGGAAGCAGAGGAGAGAGGGUUCGGAAUCAGUUUGAUGGAGAUAUUCGCUACCCGAAACCCCGAGAUCUGCCGGAUGCUGACCAUUCAGUACAGAAUGAACGAAGAUAUUAUGAACUGGUCCUCCAGAACAUUUUACUUGAAUUCCUUACGGGCUCAUGAGACCGUUCGAAAUGCCCUAAUCCCCUUUCAUCAAAAUGACGAUGGUCAUCAGGAUGACGAUGGUCAUCAGGAUGACGAUGGCCAGAACGGUGAACAGAACAAUGAGCAGAGACACUCAUAUCCCGCGAUGCGCUGGAUCGAUACGGCUGAUGUUUCGCCUUGUGCAUUUGAGGAGGGAAUGGUUCAAGAUGACUUAAUGGAGACCAGUAAGUACAAUUUGGGAGAGGCGUUUGUGUUGGUUGAGUAUUUGAAAUCCCUGGCUGACCACUUGGAGUCAUUGGAUGAGAACAAAUUGGAUGGCAGCAAGUUUGGCAAACAAGUUACAGUGGGUGUUAUCACCCCCUAUGCGAGGCAAGUGAAGCUGCUGGAGACCAAAAUAUCUGAGGUAUCAUCACAGUUACCCUUUCACUUGUCUGUGUGCACAGUUGAUGGGUUCCAAGGUCGGGAGGCUGACGUGAUUCUUAUUUCGAUGGUUCGGAGUAACUCCAAACACGAGAUUGGGUUUCUGGACGACUGUGCGCGAAUCAAUGUAUCGGUUACAAGAGCGAAGAAGCACUGCUGCAUCGUGGGCGACAGCAGCACUGUGGCGGCCGGAGCUACUGUCAAGAAUCUGUUUGACUACUGCGAUCAACUCGGCGCCGUGGAGUCUGUGCUGGCUUUCGUCCCCUAUCAUGAGGUCGCGCGUCUUGAAGCCGUCGAAGACAGCCCAACAGAGGCCGAGGAAUCCCGCGCUCCCAAGACUGGGACACCCGAUCAGGGAGAAAAACGCGGCGCUGGCGUCAACCGCGGGGCCGGUGCUAAGGGGUCUCCAAACGUGAGAACCGCACCGCGGGACUCCGCCGCCAGAGCUCCAGGGACUGCGGCCAAAGGCCGAAAGACUGCGGCCAGGGGGCGCGGAACUGCGGCCACAGGCCGAGGGGCUGCCGCCAGAGGUCGGGGGACUACGGCUGCCACCAGGGAAGAGGAGGGCUUCAAGGCAGAGGUGGCUCGGAAGCUGAAGAGCGUGACGAAGCCGGGAGAGGAGCUAGUGUUUGCGGGGCUGAGCUCAUACCAGCGGGCGGUAGUCCACGAAAUGGCCUCCGCCUUGCUGCUGCUACACACAAGUGCGGGCGAGGGGUCUGAGCGGACGUUGGUGGUGAAGAAACCGGCCCUCAAGUUGAAUGUCGAAGGGUCGCAGGCUAGGGGGUCGGAGACCAGGGGGUCGGAGGCCAGGCGGCCGGAAGCCGGCGGGCUGCCCCGUUCUGAGACCGGCAGGACGCCGGCGAGUACAUUCGUUGACCUCUCCGUUUCUUCGGAGGACGGCGGCGACGAGGUGGAAGGGAAGCAGGACGUUGUGGUUAAUGAAGUGGUCGAAGACAGCCCGUUACAGCUGCUGCCGUCGGAGCAGAGGCAGGCCAAGCCUCUCUCCAAGAAGGAGCGCGACAGAAUCAAACGAGACCAACAGCGCGAGCUGAACAAACAACGGCUGCUGGAGCGAGAACGGAUAAAGAACUGUAGGCCAGCACGGAAAGGGUUGAUCACAACAAGAGGGGGGACCACAUGGGGCAGACGGGAGGGGAUCAUUCAUCACGUGGAAGAGAGGACCACCUGGGAGAGGGGGUAA